UGCCUGGGCCGGAUGCCGGCUGUCUGAGGGGCGCGGAGACCUGCGGGAGGGAGACGGCCGCAGCAUGGCGGCCCGCAGCGCGCCGCCCUGCCCUCCGCCUUCGCGUCGCAGCCGCCGGGACCACGGGGUCCGCGGGUGCUCGCUGUGAGCCCGCCGCGCGUCAGCCCGCCGCCCGCCCGCCCUCCUCCCCUCGCCGCCUCCGCCGGCCCGGGGGGCGGCCGGGCGCACCGCGCCCACCCGCCGGGGCCCUGGGACCAUGGAGGACGUGAAGCUGGAGUUCCCCUCGCUCCCGCAGUGCAAAGACGACGCCGAGGAGUGGACUUACCCUAUGAGACGGGAGAUGCAGGAAGUUUUGCCUGGAUUGUUCUUAGGCCCAUACUCUUCUGCUAUGAAAAGCAAGCUGCCUACAUUACAGAAACAUGGGAUAACGCAUAUAAUUUGCAUACGGCAAAAUAUUGAAGCAAACUUUAUUAAACCAAACUUUCAACAAUUAUUUAGAUAUUUAGUCUUGGAUAUUGCUGAUAAUCCAGUUGAAAACAUAAUACGUUUUUUCCCUAUGACUAAAGAGUUUAUUGAUGGAAGCUUACAAAAUGGAGGGAAAGUUCUUGUCCAUGGGAAUGCAGGUAUCUCUAGAAGUGCUGCCUUUGUUAUUGCGUACAUCAUGGAGACAUUCGGCAUGAAGUACAGAGAUGCAUUUGCUUAUGUCCAAGAAAGGAGAUUUUGUAUUAAUCCUAAUGCUGGAUUUGUCCACCAACUUCAGGAAUAUGAAGCCAUCUACUUAGCAAAAUUAACCAUACAGAUGAUGUCACCACUCCAGAUAGAAAGGUCCUUGUCUGUGCAUUCUGGUACCACAGGUAGUUUGAAGAGAACACACGAAGAAGAGGAUGAUUUUGGAAACAUGCAAGUGGCAACUGCACAGAAUGGUUGACCUGUGAGGACUGUUACGCGGAUGUGAAUUUCUAUCUGGAAAGGAGAAAAUCCUAGUGAUAAUGUAAAAUGGUAAAAACACAAAUAGUUUCUUUUCAAUUAUAUGUUGCUUCCAGACAUGUUUCUCUGCAGCUUGUUGAGCAACACUUUCAGAUGAUGGACUUCUGCAGCAGAUGGCGCUAGGGUGAUGGGUUCACUUAACAACAGCAACACCACACUUCAUGGUUUAUUAUAAACCAAGAAUUUUGGACUUGCAAAGAGGUAUUAUUGCAAUAAUGCACUUUUCGUACUUGAAAUUUAUUUGUAUGAUAUAAAGUUAUUACUUUAAACAAAAUGCAAGUUAGGGGAAUUUGUUUAUAGAUUUUGGAUAAUUUAUAACAAACAAAUUUCCUAAUAUUUCCUAAAAACUCAUUUUGUGUUAUAUCUAUUACAUUUAAAGUAAUUUUACAGUUCAAUUUUAUGAUGGAGCCUCUUACAGAAACAUUAACAAAAUGUAGAACUCUUCCACAUUUUUUAGUAUAAUUCAGUACUUUAUUACCAUUUUUUUAAACUUCUUGGUCCCAUAUCUUUAAAUCAUGACUUUAGCCAACUAUCCUACUUUACUAAUUUAAUCCAGUUAAUACUUCCUUUCGAAUUGCCUUCCUUAUUCUAAAUGAGAAGAAAAGUUGUAAUGAUCAGAGCAAGAGGUCUUACUUUCUAGAAUCAGAUACUCAAAAAUAAGGAUAGUAUUGUUAUUUUUCCACGUUUUUUUUUUUUUUUAUUUUUGCUGUUUGUUUAAGCCAAAUGUAGACUUUGUCAUUUCAGAGUUGCCUAGCCCUUCUAACCUUUGUCCAAAAUGGUUCAAAGUAGGCUUUUAAGAAACCAAACCAAUGUAGUGCUGUUUCUUCAAUAUGAAACCCCCAAAAGAAAAGUGCCUUGCAUUAACAGUUAAAUCCUCAUGACCUCUAAAUUAGUAUAUAGAGCAGUGAAAGGCUAUUAACAUUUUUAUGUAAUUUGUUUUCAAACCAUAAAUUAAACUGAAUCUGUGCUUGAAGAAAGUAAAUUAUUUGGAAUGAGGAA